AUGCCACACCGGCAAAAUCGUUCGGCGCAGAUCCCUAUCACUAAAAAAGAGACCCAUAAAGGUGUGGAUGACUUCCUUGGAGGAUUUUCUGUUAUGGCCGAGAGAAACCAAUCCUCCCACGAGCAGGGGGUGAUUGCCGUGAAUCUGAGGCUCAUGAACAAAAACAGCGAUAUCACAAAGCAGAAGUCUCUCACCGAGUUGAUUCUCCACGUCAAAGAGGCCCCAAGCGGCGUUCUCACUCAGUUUGUUACGGGAAUCGCCGAGACGGUCAUUCGGCAUUCCCAAAAUAGCAAUCCCACCAUCCGAGCUUUCCUUUUUACGCUUCUAAAAACGCUGAUGGAGCGGGGAAAGGAGGUAAAGCUCGCCCUUGUCUCGACCUUGCCGGCGCUCUCGCCGGUGUGGAUAAUGUCAAUGAAUGAGCAGGAGCCGGCUGUGCGGAUGGAAGCCCAGACAGCCUUUGAAGCGACGUUUAAAACGGAGAAGCAGCACCAGAUGAUGCUUCGGUAUAAGGAUGAUAUUCUUUCCGGAAUUCUGGCAGUAAUCAGCGAUAUCGUUGACAAGGAUGGGACGCCGCUGCUUGAUGACAGCCUUGAUCGGCGCUCAAAUUUGCUUUUUUCCGCUUUAUCUGGGAUGGGCUACAUGGUGAAGCAAAUUAACGCCUCUCAGGAUGCUGUGAUGUCGUUUGUUUUAGAUAAUUCGAGCUUUGAGCGUCUUUUGCCAACCAGGCCUCUCCCAAAGGGCUACAUGCUCGCUAAAACCCCCUUCGUGCGCUCUUCGGUGCUCUCUUUACUACGCGACAUGGUUUCGAUCUGCCCGUGCACGAGCAAACUCCACAGGCUCGUCGCUCAGGCCAUCCACGGCUCGAUCCUGGAGAAGGACGCGACCAUUGCCUCACGGGUUUGGGAGCUCUUGCUGUUUUGGUUCCGUAUUAACGUCAGCGAGGUCUUUAAAUAUAUUGAGCCUAAAUUUCUUGAUGACGUUAUCGACAGCUUUAUGUCCUGCGACCAGCAGAAUCUCGCCGAGGUGAUCUUUCCUUCAUUGCUGCCGCUGUUAAUUCAGCUGACAACGGAAAAAUGCUGUGAGGAGAUGCUGGAUAAAUUCGUCGGCGGGCUUCUGAAAAAGAUGGGUCAACUAAAGGAUUUACCAAAUGCCAGCGCGAACGAACUCGAGCUGGUUUUCUCCGCCCUGACAGAGUGCUGGGUGCUUUAUUGCAUUCGGAAAAAAGGCGACACAGCCUGUGAAGACGCCACUGAGCUUUUUGACCGUAUAAUGGAAUAUGUCUCCGAUAUUCUACACAACGAUUUUAAGCGCGCACGUUAUUUGAAAGUUGUGGCACCAUGUCUAGGCUUGAACCUGCUUAAGAUUUCCCAUAUUGAGCGCAUCUAUAACGCAUGCCUGAGGUCAUUGUGUGAAAUACCUGCUUACAACCCCUCGAUUCAUCCGGAUACGACGCUGCCCGCUUCUGGGAGUGAGAUUGUAAUUGACCGCAAUUGGCAUCUACGCCCUGCGGUUUUGGAGUCGAUGUAUGCCAAGGCAAGGUCUGAUCCAAAGUACGCCUGUCAGCAGAGUGUGUUGAGGGACCAUUUAGAUUUGAGUAUUGCGCCGAUGCUGCAGUCUCGCGCGAACCCCGCGUGGGUCCCCAAGCUGCUCUCGAAAAUAAGCAAGAACGGCUAUCAGCCUUCCCCUAAGGUUGCUGAGGGCGUGAUUUGCCAGUUAAAUAAUUUAAUGCGGACGCUGGAAGAGCGAGAGGCGUGCCGAACGGCUAACCUCGACGAGGCGGUCGCGGACGAGGGGAUUAUCGAGGAUUGCCGAAGCUUGAUGGAGACCGUCCUCCUUUGGGGUAUCCCAUCCAUCACCGACUCCCUACUGGCGCAAUCCAAGUAUAUCCACGUGGAUGUGGUGCACCAAACCAUCAUGGAAUACCAUCUAAAGGACCCUGCUAAGGCGUUUGAGCUGCUACUUAAAGCGUGCCGGGAGAACGCGUUUGGGGAUAUGGGAAACUGCAUCUCACGAUUGAAGGUAUCCGAUACGGGGCUCACGCCCGAGCAGCGAUCCACGCUUCUGGAGGCAGUGGUGGGUGCGCUGAAGGGAGCUCUACGACUUGUAAAAGGUCUUGAGGAAGGGGUCAACUUGGAGGAUGAUAACUGCAGCAAAUCCGAUCCCGAGCAAACAAAAGGGGCUCAAUUUUCCGAAAAGCUGAACAGCAGGUAUAAAAAUUCAAAUGAAUACUUAAGCGUUUCCAACACAUCUGAGGAGGGUGCCGACGAUGAUGAUAAAUCUUCAGAAAGAGGGUCACCUGUCGAUGCGGGUUCAACCACAAUAGUGCCUUCUGGGGAGGACAUUAUUUCGGUCGAGAACGACUUGGAUGCGCAAAACAAAGCGAACGAGGUCCUUCACAUCGCUUUUCUUUGGUGUGAUCAGCUUUCUUCUGUUGGCGUCAACGAUCAGCCGAAGGUGAACGAAACCAUCGGAAGCCUCCUUCGCUUAUCCUCGGACCUCUUUACAGAGCAUCUUUCUGAGCUUUUUUAUCGUAUAGUAGCUGCCAUUUCUCCACGGCUCUAUCCAGAAGAUUAUAUAUCCAUUAAAGCUCUCCGUAUUGUAUUACAAAACCCGCAAAACAUCGAUGACGAUAGCGACACGCUCACCGAUGCACUUGAUGAAAAGAUUCACUUCCUUAAAGUGAAGGACUUUAACCUUCUAGUAGUCCACGUAGCGGCGUUGCUGGAGGAGUUGAAGGUUCCCCAAACAGACCGCGAUGACUUCGCGUGGAGGUUUUUCAUAGCCGUUAUGAAGUCCGAGGAGCCGGCAUGCUACCAUGCGGUUCAUCAACUUCAGUUUUUAGUGCCCUUCGCCUCAGAGGCCCUCCUCCAGCGUCUGGUUCGUUUCCCCAAUCUGUGGAAAAUGCACUGCGUUUCAUGGAAGGGCAGCAACGAUAAAAAGCUGGCAAGCAGCUUUUGCUCCCUUUUUGGGGGCCACUUUUCAUUAGCGGAGUUGGAUCUCUCCCUCACAGCUAUCGUUCGCACCGCACAAUUAUUGAAGUUAAUGGAUUACAGCAACUGCGUAAGUGAAUGGAAUAAAAGCGGCUCUGAUGCCGACAUGGAGAUUAGAACGGAAAUAUUCUAUCAUUUGAUUGUGGUUGCCAGCUUGACAGAGGUCUUUCCGUCCGGUAUUCGAUCAAUCCUUUUUUCUCGAUUGCUACCCAAGGCCCUUGGACACAUCAAUGCCCUCGCGGACUUGCUCAUUGGUUGUUCGUUAUCCACUAUUACGAAAAAGGAAGUGUGUGAAUCAAUGGAUCCUUUUGUAUGCACUCUCGCUGCGGCUCUUCGCGAUAUCGCAAAGAACACAGAUGAUCACGACCACCUCACCUUCACUUUCCAAGCGCGACAGGUCAUGAGUGCGAUUACCGAGCGCGUUAUAAGAAAGCUCUUCACCAAGGAUGGUGCACGAGGAAUCGAUCGCGAUUGUUGUAUGUUCUACACCACUUUUUAUGCGAUUAUGGACGAAACCGCGAAUGUGAUCGAGGGUAACAUCUUCGCGCAGCUACCAAAAGAUCUCGAGGAGCUUUUCUUAGAGGCAAGCUGCAUGCUGCCGAGCUGGGAUCUCGAUACGGCGAAACUUUCUUUGGUAAUUCAUCGCCAUCUCGCAACAAUGCCGGUCGUCACGGUGAGCACGGUGAAAAGUAUCCUGGACUAUGCACAGCGGCAGAACCCACUUCAUUGUCUGGAGCUUCUCGCGGAGCUCUCCUGCACGCGUAUCAUGGACCUGAACGUCUUUGGCGAUCUCGUUCGCAUCAUCACGCACUCCCUCUGUCGGUGUUAUACGCUACGCCACCUCCCAAGCAAUGGGCGCCUUUUGUUUGAAUCCCCCGAACGCCACGCCGAACCCUUGCCUUUUCAUCAUUUACAGCGAAUAGCGGUGGCGGCGGUAUUAGCGCGGCGCGGCGUGAUUCUCCACAGUUAUAUGGACGACGUGCUGCGGAGUACGGUGAACUUGGUGGUCUUUGACUCCAUCUGUGAGGCGAUCUCGCGGUUUCGGACGACGAGCGGUGAGGAAAUGCCCCUCCUCGCGAAGCUCAUCGCCUUCACCUCGGAGUUUAUGAGCGGACUUCAUCAUAGCGAUACUUCUGUCCUGCGUGCGUCGGAGGCGAGCGUGACCGUUAUCGCCUCCGCGCUUUCCUACGUAUACCUCUGGCUGAACGCUAUGCCGCUCGCAAAGAUGGAGGGGAUUGGCCAUGGCGUCGUAUCGGGGGUUCUCUGCACCAUAUGCCUCGUCGCCAACCUCACUCUAAUCCGUGCGCAUGCCCCUUUACAUGAAACGAUGCGAUUGAUUCUCAAUAAGUGGUCUUUGAGGCCUCUUCGACAGGAGUUCUCAUCCACAUCUCCCUUUAAGUUUUCCCACUUUCGUCGCCAAAACACCCUCAUCGGCAAAACCCACAAGCAAAAGGUACUGAUGUUCCCCUACCUCCUGGCGUGGUGCGUCCUUCUGACGACACCCGCGACCGAUGAGGAGGCUUCCUGCCAGUCAGACAGCCAAAGUUACCGACAGCGGAAGGCGGAAAUAUACCAGCUCCUCGAUCUGCUUUGUGUGCUCCUCCUCACUCCUCUGUUCAGCAGUGCCAAGCGAGUGGAGGAUACCCUUCUGGGCGCGGCCGCCUCCCUCAUGAACGACGGCGAUUCCACAAAUGCGGAGGCCGGCGUGCUCGGCUUCGAGGUGGUGGCCCUGACGCGCGUGGUUUCGCCUCAGCCGAUGAUGCAGCUCGCGCGUGGAGCCGCCGCGGUUUUUUGCCUUCUCCUCCGAGGCUCUACCCUUUCCCUCGUGAAAGGAUGGCUCGAGACGGUUGAGCGGAAGACGCAAAUGAUGAUCUACAACUUCGUGCAGCUCUACAUUUCACCACUACUCAUCCAUGAAAAUUUGCUCACCGUGCUAAGCCACAGUCCGGAUGGUUUAACCACGUUCAGCAUCGGCGAAAGCUACUCCGUUUGUGUGAGGACGGCUCAAAAAAAUAUCGAGCUCAGCUACACCAUCGAGGAUGCACGGAUAUCGGUGCGCAUUCGAUUUUUGCCCUGUUAUCCGCUACGACAGCCUGUUGUUGAAUUUAGUAGUGGCCGAGAGUGUGGCAUUUCGAUGGAAAAGCAGCGAAUGUGGAUGCUAAAGAUGACAUCUUUGCUCUUCAGCGAGACGACAAACCUCUGGGAUUGCAUGGAGCUCUUCCGCGAGAAUGUGGAGGCUCACCUCGGUGGGCAGGAGCCGUGCCCUAUUUGCUAUGCUAUCGUGAGCGCCGUUAAUCAUAAAUUGCCGGAGCUUCAGUGCUCGGUCUGUCGUAACCUGUCGUUUCACUCCAGCUGCCUCUACAAGUGGUGGGCGAGCGGUGGACAAACAGUUUGCCCUCUGUGCCGCUCGCCAUGGAUAUCAGAAUAG